AUGGGCGAGUGCGGGGAUAGAGUGCCGAAGCGUCUUGGCAUCGCGGCGCCGGGGCCGUUCGAGGCGUCGAGGUUGCUGUACUUUGUGCCUAUGCUGUGCUUCUGCGGCACGAUGUCGAAUUCGAUGUCCAGUAACAUGCGCAUUAAGAAAUGCCGGGAUGUAUCGGUGACGACAGAGGCGACGCAGGAGCCAGAGUCCCAGAUGAAGAGGCCGAUCGUGGGGUACAAGAUGCUAGAAGGCUGGGGAACUUCCAGCGCCGGUGGUUGCUCAGAGUGGCGACCGCCGGUGGGACGGGCAUCCCUCCGCUGCGGGGCCGAUGUCACCGCGGAGGCGGAGGCACAGGCCAGGGGGCUGCCCGAGCGAACCCUGGUGCUCGAACUGACCAUGUUCGUCCAGGAGGGCCUGCAGGCCCAGGCGCCCGCCUGGCCGUGGGAGGCGCCUGUGAUGUACUUGCCGGCCGGGCGAGCCAAGCUGUUCGCGUAUUUGCGGCCCACGGGCGACGACCUGCGGGUCCUCGGGGACUCAGCGCUGACAGUCGACGAGAAGGGCUCGGGCCUGCAGGUGCUCUUCCUCGAGCGCAAAAUCGUCGGGAAGCUGACCCGAUUCUUGCCCGCGGCCCUGGCGAGCGCCUUCUAG